AUGUCGCCGCUGUUUGGGCCGCCGGAGCAAGCCGGGGCGAAGGGGUUCUACUACGAGCCUAUGUCGCUUGAGACCGCUGGGCGCAUACGCCACUGGGCGGCUCCGAAUCUGGACAAUGCGCAGCUGACGGAUGUGGAUACGGCAAUAGACGAGGCGAACAUCUACAAGCAGUACGGCGGCGGCUCGCUGGUGGAUGCGACCAGCAUCGGCAUCAAGCGGGACGCGAUGGGACUGGCGCGCAUUUCGCGGGCGACGGGCGUGAAUAUCAUCAUGGGGCGUCGUACUAUGUGGACGCGGCGCAUCCGGCGGCAUGGACUGACAUGA